AUGCCACACGCGCCUCAACUCGAUGCGGAUCCACCACCACCAUUGGGUGCAAUUGUCUCGACAGCCCCCGGUCACACGCUGUGGGGUGUCCUUCCUCCCUCACCGGUCGAUCAGGCCGCCGCUGGGUCCCUACCCUAUCAUUGGUCCUUGACUGCGCCAACCAUCCCACCGUCGGUUGGUGACAUAGGAUCAUAUGAUCAGCUUCAUGCCGGCUUUGUUCAUCAUAACACCCACGCUUCUCUUCCGACUCCGCCACUCUUCACAGGGGCAGAAGCUCAUUCGUAUGCCGGUUUUCCCUUCGUCCAUUCGGAUGGUGGGUGUUCUCCUCUCACAGGAGAGCAACCGGUAGAUGGACCCGGUGCGCCGGAUGACCCAGGAACCUAUUUACCAUUGCUACAAGGGCCGGGAGACGCGACGCUUCUUCGAAAUCCCGCCGAUUCCAAGUUUGACCAAGUUGAGGGUUACUGCGCUUCCACUGCUGUGUUCGACUCAUACCACGCACCCACCCUUCGCCCUACAGCGAACGGCAACCCACCUGCACAGCUCAACAUUGGUGGGUUGGAGCGAUGUGGACUGUAUGCCCAAACUGCCGAGCAGCUGGGAGGUGGAGGCUGGAUUAAAGAAGAGGGUUUGGCCCCGGCCAACGGGGCUAGGGGGGAGCCCAUUCCGGCGGGACUCCUGAUGAACGUUCCCCAUGCAGACUUGGUAGAAGGACCGUCGAAACCCAUCACUGGGUUAGAGGAUGAAGGUGCGCACGACCGGAAGAAGCGGGGUAAGUUCAACGAACGGUUGCGCAGUGAGACAUCCAAAACGCGACAAAUUGGCGCCUGCAUGCGAUGUCAUAAUCAACGACUCCGCUGCGUGCCUAACGAGGGAGACCCCACAAAUCCCCUCGCACCGUGUGUGACGUGCCUCAAAGUCCACAGAAACUCUAAAAAGACCAUUCACUUUACCCCUUGUUUGCGGUUUAAGGUGACGUCGAUGGUCGUGUACCGUGCGGGCGGUUUGGGUUACACCGAACGCUUCGACCACACGAAGGUUGUGGACGUCGUCGACUACAGUGACGGCGUUAUUUACAACAUCGAGAUAACACAAGGGCUUUGUCAGUCCCCCAUGCUGCUCCAGGUCCGACGGUUUCGUCCGAGGCAAACCGACAAGACGCACUGGAGGUAUCACAUCGAUGAUGGCGCCCGCGCCCAUAAAUCCCAAGAUACCGGUGCGUUUUGUUUGGCCGACAUUGAGGAAACGGCCAAGAAGUUCAACGACUACAUCGAUUCCAAUGCUGUCGAAGGCCUGGCGGAAGCGGUGAAGGGCUCAGAUGACAUAGUCAAGGAAGUCUUUGCUAUGAUCGAGACACACUGUAACUCGCUCCCACUUGCCAAGAAAACCAAAGUCGGUCAAGGAGCAAAGGGGGCGAAGAAGCAGCCGGAUCAGAGAGAGUUUCUGCGAAAGAUGGUCCGUCUGUGGUUCGCGAUACGGCAUGGAACAGGUUCUGCAUGGCUCUGCGGCAACGAGCGUCUGGGGCUGAGCCCGAUACUUGAGCCCAACCACCCCUUUCGCGGUCGGGUUCUAGUGUCGCGGAUGAUUGUCGCCCAAUUCGACAGCAUACGGCAUGAGUUUAUUUACAAAAAGCUCGCACCAGAUGUGCUCCGGACAAUCGACGCAUUCCUCGCAUCAUCCAACAAAGAAGCCUGGUUCACCGUCUUCCUGGCCACAUUCUUGUUGCUUCAUCUGGCUGCCUGCACCUCCCAGGACCGACACCGCCAUGCCAAACAAAACUCAAGGGGGAAACGACUGGAUACACGAUACGGAAACCUCCAUGACCCCCUUACCCGUUUUGUUGAGGAGGUUCAUUAUGGUGCCGUCAUGCUCUUGGCCCACUGGCAAUACUUUAAGCGUUGUGAUCUAAUGACGUUCAAUUGGGAUAAUGUCGGAGAGUCGGCGUUGACGUCCCUUGAAGCGGAGCAAAUUGACUGCGUUAAGCGCGUUGUGGCGCGUCUUAAGGAAAGAUUGCCCUCCAUUCCUACCACACCAGCUGGAGGCUGUUGGGAGCAUGAGCUCUUCUGGGUUUCCAAGAUGUUUGUUUCCGGCCCGUCCUCGAAGGCUGAUUGGACACCACCGGAGAUAUUUACACGGGCCAAACCCAGUGUUGGCAGGGAAUGA